AAGAACAAGAGAACAAAGGACGCUGCUGUAGAAAAAACGAACUACUGUCAUAAAUUUUAUUUAACACCAUAACUCUAUCAAAAUCCAGCAUUUAAUAUAUAAAACAAUCAAAAUAAAUCAAGUAAUAAAUAUGGAAAUAAAUUAACAGCGUUCAUCUAUCAACGUCCUACAAAUAAGAAAAGUUUGAAUAUCUCCAGCGCGAUGGAUAACUUCGACAGAGACCUAGACGAUCUGCUGGACCUAACUGACUCGGAGUCAUCUUCGUCAUCGAACCCCGGCAUAUUCGAAACUAACCAACCAUUCGUACUAGAACUUCACGAAUUAAAGAAAGACGAGCCCGCAGCGGACCAAGUUACACCAGAUACUAAAACAAAGAAAAAGAAAAAGAGAAGAAAUCUGCCGGUCAAUGAAAAUAAAACGGCGACGUCCUCCACCAGCAGUGUGUCAGAAUCGGUCCCAUCAGCAGCUGAUGCUGCGAUGAAGGAAGAAUUCUAUGAUGCGAAUGAAAGUUACCACUUACUCUCAGCUGAGGUCAGUCAAGUGAAUCCUGCUGCAAGUGCUGCUCUGGCGCAGGCACACUCAGAACACGGGCAGGACAAGACAGAUGACAACGAGAGACGAUCCUCGGCUAAUAAACAACCAUCCAUUAUCAAUAAACCCGUCGUCCCUCCAAAAUGAUAUAAAAAGGAAAGUAGGUAAAAAGCAUGCAACGAAAUCGACACAAAACGCAAAAUUAAUAAUAAUAAAGUAAUUUAAAUAUUA